AAAAUAAAGGUUUCGAAAACUGACAUGGAUCAUUUUCACAACAAUAGGGGAAAUUCGAGUAUGUCAAAGCAAAGUGACAUCAACUUGGGCCCUUCAGCAAAUCCUUUUGCCAAACCAACAGACUUUGAUUUUCUAAAAGUUAUUGGAAAAGGGAGUUUUGGGAAAGUUCUCGUUGCGAAACGUAAAUCUGAUGGCAGAUUCUAUGCAAUCAAAGUCUUGCAGAAGAAAAUGAUCCUUAAAAAAAAUGAGCAAAGGAACAUAAUGGUAGAACGUAAUGUGCUGCUGAAAAAUCUCAAGCAUCCUUUUCUGGUUGGGCUUCACUACUCCUUUCAAACAACUGAAAAGCUCUAUUUUGUCCUGGAUUAUGUGAAUGGUGGUGAGCUCUUCUUCCAUUUGCAACAAGAACACACGUUCCCUGAGCCCAGAGCGAGAUUUUAUGCAUCAGAGGUGGCCAGUGCAAUAGGAUACCUACACUCCCUCAAUAUUGUGUAUCGGGAUUUAAAGCCUGAAAACAUUCUCCUAGAUUCUCAGGGUCAUAUUGUAUUAACAGACUUUGGUCUAUGUAAAGAAGUCAUAGAACCAACAGGAACAACAUCUACUUUCUGCGGAACUCCCGAGUAUCUUGCCCCAGAAGUACUAAGAAAACAUCCAUAUGAUCGUACUGUUGACUGGUGGUGCUUCGGGGCAGUCCUCUAUGAGAUGCUGCUUGGAUUACCACCCUUCUACAGUCGGAAUGUAGCUGAGAUGUAUGAUAACAUUCUCCACAAGCCACUCCACUUGCCAAUGAGCAUAUCAACAGCUGCUCGUGACAUUCUGACAGGACUUCUACAAAAAGAUCAAAAGAGACGAUUAGGAGCUCAAGCAGAUUUUCUUGAUGUCAAAAAACAUGCAUUCUUUUCAUCAAUUGCCUGGGAGGAUCUUUACAAUAAGAGAAUUCCCACACCAUAUAAUCCCAAUGUGGCUGGACCUGCUGAUCUACGACACAUUGAUCCUGAAUUCACACAAGAAAUUGUCCCUAAUUCUGUUGGGCGCAUUCCUGACUCCACUAUUAAUAGCCCAACUGCCACAAGUGCAUUUCUGGGAUUUUCCUAUGCUACUACAGAUGAUCAUUUAAGAAAUUAACUAAAUAUUUAUUGAAAGUGAGCUACCUAAAUGGAUAUUACUAGCCGAAGGUAGUUAAUAUCAUCAACGCAAAAUGCUUCAGUC